AUGGUGUCCACCGAUUUAGAGAAUAAUGACACAGGAGUUAAUUCUAAACCUAAAAGUCAUGUGACUAUCAGGCGAGCAUUUUUAGAAGAAAUUGGAAGUCGGGUUACAACCCGAGUCAUACAAGUAGCUAAGAAAGCCCAGAACACUAAAGUACCUAUUCCACCCACCAAAACAACAAAUGUCAACAAGCACCUGAAACCGACUGCUUCUUUGAAACCAGUGCAAAUGGAUGUAAUGGCUCCAAAAGGUCCUUCUCCCACACCUCAAGACAUCUCCAUGAAGGAAGAAAACCUCUGCCAAGCUUUUUCUGAUGCCUUGCUCUGCAAAAUUGAGGAUACUGAUACUGAGGACUGGGAGAACCCUCAGCUCUGCAGCGACUACGUGAAGGAUAUCUACCAGUAUCUAAGGCAGCUUGAGGUGUUGCAGUCCAUAAACACACAUUUCCUAGAUGGGAGAGAUAUAAAUGGCCGUAUGUGUGCCAUCCUGGUGGACUGGCUGGUGCAAGUGCACUCCAAGUUCAGGCUGCUGCAGGAAACGCUGUACAUGUGUGUUGCAAUCAUGGACCAGUAUUUAAAGGUUCAGCCAGUCUCUCCUAAGAAGCUUCAGCUGGUUGGCAUUACGGCACUGCUCUUGGCUUCCAAGCGGGCAUCGAAAGCUGGGGAGGUCGAUGUUGAACAGCCCACUUUAGCCAAAUACUUGAUGGAGCUGACUCUCGUUGACUAUGACAUGGUGCACUAUCACCCUUCCAAGGUGGCGGCAGCUGCUUCCUGCCUGUCCCAGAAGGUUCUAGGCCAAGGAAAAUGGAACUUAAAGCAGCAGUAUUACACCGGCUACACAGAGAGUGAGGUGCUGGAGGUCAUGCAGCACAUGGCCAAAAAUGUCGUGCAUGUCAACGAGAGCAUGACCAAGUUCACCACCAUCAAGAAUAAGUAUGCAAGCAGCAAACUCCUGAAGAUCAGCACGAUUCCUCAGUUGAACUCAAAAGCCAUCCAGGAGCUUGCCUCACCUCUGCUGGGACGGUCCUAG